AUGGACUCUGAAGGGGGGAAGGCAAAGGCGCAGAUUCCAAAAUUUGGCAGCUUCAAGCCACAGCCAGCAACCCCUGCGCGAGACCAUGAGAGCAAAGAUGAGAAGAAAUCCUCAAGAGAGCCCUCGAAUGGUCGUCCCGGAGCCAGAGAGUCAGCCGGUUCAUCAAAACAUGGACGUCGGAGGGAGGACAGCCGGGAGACGGGAAGUCGUUCCAGUAGAGCUGCACGCGAGCAAACCGCGGACAGGUUGAAACCUCAGCGCGCACAGGAUGAACCGGAUCUCUACGUGCUCGAUCCUACAGGUGAUCCAUAUACCUUGAUCUAUGGGUCUCUCCAUAAGUACGAUAUUCCCCGAUACUAUCGUUUUGGCGCAGGUAGAGUUCUAGGUCUAUCCACGGCUUACACCAUCGAUCAAGACCUUAGCAGCGAUACAAAGAUAGUGAUGAAGCUAAGAGGGUCCGCAGAAGACACAGCACAACGCAAUCACAAGGCACUCUGGAAAUCGGCUUCUAAGCCGGCAAAACUUCGGCGCCUACUACCUCGUCAAGAUGAUACUCAAGACCUGGAGCGGGAUUUCCUUCCCUUGAAUGAAGGCGAGAGCAGGAAAAGGCGGCGCAUAGCAGAUGGGUACUACGACACCGCUUACGCAGUAACAAUAACGGAAGAGGAGAAGCUCCCUGACUACAGAUCGAUUGAAGGGAAGGCGAAGCCCGAACGCUCCUCUGAUGGUGAGACUGAUAUGGGAUCGGACUGGAGUCUAGAAUCGGACGGCGAAGGUGCUAGACUACGGAAUACCGCUCUAUUCUCGAGUGCAAAUGAUAAUCCAGACGACGUGGAGGGCUGGCUUCGGCUUAUCAGCCAUCAAGACAAGCUGGUCGGUUCCACAGAUGGAGAGGGCUAUCGAAAGCAUACCUCAGCCGAAAAAAGAGGCAUCGCUGACAUGAAGGUAUCCUUGUAUGAGAAAGCUUUAAAGAGUAUUUCUCCCAAUGUCCCGAGGGAUAGGCUUCUGCUUGGAAUGAUGGAAGAGGGCUCUUUGGUUUGGGACCAAAAGACUCUGUUAGACAAAUGGAAGUCUAUUUUACAGUUCAACUCGCACUACAUCACACUCUGGAUGAAGUACUUGGAUGUCCAGCAAACCACGUUUACCAAUUUCACCUAUGAGAAAUGUCGAUCGGUAUUCUUGGAGUGCUUAAAAGUCAACGAGCGCCAGCCAGAUAGUACUGAAAAAAAGACCAUCAGCCUUUAUAUCCUCCUGCGUCUUAGCCUGUUUAUGAGAGAAUCCGGCUUUAUCGAGCACUCAAUUGGUCUUUGGCAAGCCCUGCUCGAAUACAACUUUUGCUGCCCGCAAGACCUUGCCCAAACAACCAAUCAAGAAACUACCAUUUCUGCCUUUUCUGAGUUUUGGGAGACAGAGGCUCCAAGGAUCGGUGAAUUGGGGUCAAAAGGCUGGGACAAGUCUGGUGAAGACUCGCCCGACCCGAAAACAGGCCCUAACGUGCCAAAUAUCGAUAUCAGAGAUGUCUUUGGCACUUGGGGGAAUGCCGAACAAACCCUGAUGUCCUCUUCAUUCUUACCCGCUAGAACAUUAGAUGAAGUGCAAGAAGACGACCCUUACCGAGUAGUCCUAUUUUCUGAUAUAUCCGACUUCCUUGUUCGAUUAUCAGAUCCGCCCAUAAUACCUUUACUUAUUGAUGCUUUUCUCACAUUUUGUCAGCUGCCGAGAAUAUCAAACGAAAAUAGCGAAAGGACAUCUAGUUGGCAUAUGGACCCUUUUCUGUUGAACCAGCAUCUAGAUGACAUGCGCAAAUCCCCAUCAGAAUGGUUCGCCUAUAUCGCUGAAAAAGAAGAGGUAGACGGACGUUCACUGUUUUCAUUCCCUUGUCCGUCCUUCAGGAAUGGCUUUGAUACUCUGUUUGGCGAUGGGCGGAACUGGUUCUCAGCGUUUCAGUCGUGGAAAGCCACCUACCUCGAGAAAAAUAGCUUGAUUGAUGUCGAUUGGAUUCGGAGGUCCCUAAAGAUGUUGGUAUCAAAAACGCCGAACAAUGACUACCUAGCAUCCUACAAUAUUGCCUUUGAGUACAGUAUCGAUUCCAAGGAGGCAAAGAAGUAUGCAAAGAGCCUUUUGAAGCAGCGACCUUCGAGUAUCAUGCUAUACAACUCCUAUGCUAUGAUUGAGGCAAGGAACGGUCAAAUUGCGGCCGCCGAAAAAGUCUGGAUAACCACUCUUUCUAUGAGCCAAAACUUCUCUAAGGAGGCAACACUAGGUUGCAUUCUUCUUUGGCAUAGCUGGAUCUGGGAAGCUCUUAAUAGCCGUGACUAUAGAAAGGUAAACCGUUUACUGAUGUCAACUCCAAGUAAUACGUUCAGUCUGGAUCCUUCUCCGGAAGUUGCAGCUGGUGAUAUUGUAGUCAGUGCAACAGAGCUCCUAAAAGCGAAGAGAUAUCUAGGCGAUAUCCAAGCUCAUGGGCUCACAUUUCGCAAGCCUGGAAUCUUUCUUUAUGCUACUGACUGCCUAGCUGUUUUGCAUUAUCUUACGCAUGACCAAUCACUCUCAGGAGCCAUUGAAGUGUAUGAUAAUGCAGGACAACGCCUUGAAGCCCAGAAACUGGAUAAUGCAACCUUCCAGGAACCCAUACAUCAGGCAAAAGCCAGGCUGCUAUGUCACCACAUGACCGAAAACCGCGUCUAUAAACCUGCACAGGUUCGCGACGAUCUGUACAAGAGCAUCAUACUCUUCCCCCAAAACACAAUCUUCUUAAGCUUAUUCGCGUUUAAUGAGGCUCGAUUUCGAGUCGAAAACCGUGUUCGCUCACUUCUCACCCGCCAAAUACUUGAGCCAGUCGGGAAUGAUGCCUCAUCCACUGAGAAACGAUCAACCAUCAUUCCUCACCUAUUUUUAGUAUACUCUGAGCUUCACAGGGGCGUCUCUGCCGGAUCAACUGCUCAUUCUGUUCGUGCUGCCUUUGAGUCCGCGGUGUCUUCGCAGCCAGGCCAGCACAGUGCUGGGCUAUGGAAGCUGUUCGUUCAAUUCGAGCUGGCACUUGGCGAGAGCGGAAAGAGCCGUCAAGUGUUUUUCCGCUCAAUCAGAGCGUGCCCUUGGUCCAAGCAAUUGAUUCUUCAGGCGUUCACCGAGCCACGUCUUAGGAAGUCGAUGGGCUUUGAAGAGCUGAGGAAGGUCUUCAAUGUGUUUGUAGAGAAAGAGCUGAGGGUUCACGUUGACCUGGAGGAAUGGCUUGAAGAGAACGAAGCAGAGAUCAGGCCAGAUGAGAGUGAUAUCGGUCAAAGACCUCCAAUUAUCAUGCCUGACGAUAGAAGCUCAGACGAAGAUUAA